GUGAUAUUUCCUUCCACUCUUCUUUUUCCAAUUUUGUUUAAACAAUCCAGCCCAUGUCAAGUACAUCCCUGUUCAAGUGGAUCGGUCUUGGUCAGUCUGGCAAGACCGUCAUUGAUAAUGAUUGCUUGGACGAAGGAGAGCGCUAUUUCGGAUUAGAAAAUUUUGGUAAUACAUGCUAUUGCAAUUCCGUUCUGCAAGCUCUUUAUUAUUGCAAACCCUUCCGAGAAUGUGUGACCAAUUAUCCCCGCCCUUUCUUGCAACCUCAGUCUACUCCUCACCCUCUUCAUCCAAGCUCACCUAAUGUCGGAUCCAAUUACUUCUCUUCCACUACCUCCUCGAAUUCUUCCUCCCCAUCGCUACCAAACGCUCGCUCUGAUAACGCUCACUCUUCUGCCAAGGACAGUCCUAAUUUACAACGAUCAUCCUCGCGUAGCAACGGUGUUAUGUGUACAUCAGCAGAAAAAGACCAGAACGGUGUUCAGUUAUCACCUGGCAUGGAAGAUACCAUGUUCGCAGCAUUGAAAGACUUGUUUUGGAAAAUUGCCACACACAAAAAGAAGACCGGCGUGGUCGCACCGGUUAAUUUCAUUAACAAAGUCAAAAAGGAGAAUGAACUGUUUCGUUCCAGCAUGCAUCAGGAUGCCCACGAAUUUCUCAACUAUCUGUUGAAUACCAUUGCAGAAGACGUACAAACAUACCAAAAGAAAAAAUCUCAGGAGCACGAGAGAUCGUGUGAAGUACCCAAUGGACAUGCAUCCAAUCAUCAGCAGAAGAACGAUGGCACAGAUACUGCUUCAGACGGCUCUACCGAAGAAUCAUCUAAACCACCGCCCACCACAUGGGUCCACCAGCUUUUUGAAGGUGUUUUCUCCAACGAAACCAAAUGUUUAACAUGUGAAACGGUGACGAGUCGCGAUGAAUCGUUUAUGGAUUUGUCAAUUGAUGUAGAGAUGAACUCGUCUAUUACGUCUUGUCUACGGCAAUUUUCAGCAAGUGAGACCUUAUGCCAUAAAAACAAAUACUUUUGCGAUGUAUGCUGCGGUCUACAGGAAGCGCAACGAAGAAUGAAGAUCAAGACGUUGCCAAACAUCCUGGCUCUCCAUCUGAAGCGCUUCAAGUACCAGGAACAAUUGCAGAAAUAUAUAAAGUUAACUUAUCGCGUGGUAUUUCCUUUUGAACUACGCUUAUUUAAUACGUGUGACGACACAGACGACGCGGAUCGGAUGUACGAAUUAUGGGCCUGCAUUAUUCAUAUUGGAAGUGGCCCGCAUCACGGACACUAUGUCACUAUUAUUAAAAGCAAUGGCCAGUGGAUGUUAUUCGAUGAUGAUGUGGUCACGCCUAUUCAAGAGGAGGACAUUCAGAAAUAUUUUAGUGAUUUACCGGGAACUGGCUGUGGCUACGUUUUGUUUUAUCAAGCUGUCAAUCUCAGCAUGGAUUCCCUGAACAUCUGGGAUGGUGUAGAGGAAAACGUAUCUCGUUCGGAUGAUACAAGUAGCAACGGCCGGCCGUCUACUGUAUCACCUCUGUUAUCACGAAAGCCACCUGGACCGUUGCGUUUGGAUUCGGCGUCGUACGAUCUCGGUUACAACACCCUUUCGACGCCAGCAAAGGAAGAUAUGCAUGCGCCUGAAAUUUUUGGUUCGGUUCCAAUGACACCACCUGCAAGCAUGGUCACUGAGGAAAAGAAAUCUCGCUGGGGCCUAAGUAGAAAAAUGCGGGAAAAGAAGGAUAAACGAUAACCAGCAUGUAAUAAAUUCCACCCACAUGUACCAAGUCACCCCUAAUCAUAUACAAAACAAAAUAUGAUUGAGUUGUUAUUUUGUUGUUCACGCAAAAGGAUGGGACAAGAAGUGGUGGAUUAUUGUCGAUUUGGCAAUUGAUCAUGUCCUUUAUGCAACAA